CGGAUUUAUAAAUGAAAUUCUACAUGGGAACUCGCCUCAGACUGUAGAUGAUCUUUGCUGGUACAAAGGCCGAGUUUUCAAGUGAUUUCUGACAUUUAUUCCGCAUCAAAAGUCAUGUGAAAUCUCCAUCCUGUUGUUUUUCAUGGAAAUCUGCAUUACCGUCCACGUGGCCGUGUGUUUUUUUGUUUUGUUUUUUCACACAGGUUUAAAAUCCGCAUCAAGUAAUGACAACCCACGUCUUGACGCGGAUCUAAUCCGUGUGCAUAUCCAUGUCAGUGCAAACUGCAAAUCUGUAGGGUCACCUUCCAAUUUCCAUCACAGAUUCUGGGGAUUUUUCCUCACAACUGUUUGCUGUAUAAAAAUUAUGCCGAUUCUCAAAUGGAAAAAGGGUGCAUUUACAUGAGGUGUUUUGGGCUGCACUACAAUAAACCCACAUGCAGUUUUGCCUAGAACUGCUCCACCUGUGGCUUUUUAUUUUUUUUGUAGCAUGGCUGUUAUAAUUCAAGCACAUUAAAACAUGCGGUUUUGAUUAAGUAAAAAAGUAUCAUGUAAAUACAGCCUAAGAGGUGUGCAGAAGGUAACCAAUCAUGUUUUAGAUAUCAUUUGCUCAUCUGUUAUAGACAAAUGAGAGCUAGAUUCUGAUUGGUUGCCAGGGGGGGCACCGCCUGCGGGCUCUCGUUUCUACACACGAGCGUUCUGUUGCUAGCCACGUGACGGCUCUUUCUGCAGAAGCAGUGAUGACGUCACAUCCGUUUCGGCGCCGCUCACGGAAGCGGAAGGUGUUUCUGAGCACAGAAGUUACCGGUAUUAUGGGCCGGGCGGAACGAAAAGCAGAAGCCCGUGAAGAAAUUGUGCGGCGUGAGCAGCACCGGGAGCGGCGGAGACAGAUCUCCCGAAUUUUCCACAAGCCGGCGGCCGAGCGGAGUCCCGGGGAUCGGGAGCUGCUGGAGAGCUAUGCGGAGCUGGUGCAGGAGCUGGAGAAGCAGGGGCUGCGGAGAGAACGGCUCCGGUACCGGGAGCAGGAGGUUGUUGAUGGACCUGAAAUCCUCCAGAAGAACGUUUUGGAGCUGGCAGACGCCGUACGUGGAGCGGAGCAUAUGGUGAUCUACACUGGGGCCGGGAUCAGCACGGCAGCUGCUAUUCCAGACUAUCGUGGACCAAGGGGUGUGUGGACUCUGCUGAAUAAGGGCAGGAGCGUGAGCACUGGUGAUUUAAGUGAAGCAGAGCCGACCUUCACACACAUGUGCAUCGCCAGAUUACACAAAGCUGGGCUGGUGCAGCAUGUAGUCUCCCAGAACUGCGACGGGCUUCAUCUUCGAAGCGGAUUACCACGAGACGCCAUCUCUGAAGUUCAUGGAAACAUGUAUAUUGAGGUCUGUACAUCGUGUUCGCCACACAGGGAGUACGUGCGCUUGUUUGACGUGACGGAGAGGACAGCCCUACACAAGCACAACACUGGACGCUCCUGCCACAAGUGCGGGGGUGAACUGAGGGACUCUAUUGUGCACUUUGGAGAGCGGGGGAAGUUGGCACAGCCGCUCAACUGGUUAGGGGCAGUGAAAGCUGCGAAGAAGGCGGAUGUCAUUCUCUGCCUCGGCUCCAGCCUGAAGAUUCUGAAGAAAUACCACUGUCUGUGGGCAAUGAAUAGACCUAGCACACGGCGGCCAAAGCUUUACAUUGUAAAUUUGCAGUGGACGCCUAAAGAUGCACUAGCCACCCGGAAAAUCCAUGGAAAAUGUGAUGAGGUCAUGCGGCUUCUGAUGGACGAGCUGAAGUUGGACAUCCCAGACUAUAACAGAUCCCUAGACCCAAUCUUUUCUAUGGCCGUACCCCUGCGCCCAGGAGAAGAAGCCAGCCACAGCCGUAAGCUCAUCGAGGCAGCGGAGACGCCGGAUACACGGCCGGAGCAGUCCCCGCAGGCGCUCAGUGGCGGCUGGUUUGGUAAAGGAUGCACCAAAGGAAGAAGGAAAGCCAAGUGACCAUGUCCUUACUGCCUGUGUCAUGCUGGGAGGCCUCCUCCUAUCACCCAUUUGCACUUUUGACCUUUUUUUUACAUUCAGUGUUUUUAAAUAAAACUUUCCAG